AACACCGGCGCUGGAACACGAAGGGGCGGCACAACUUCAUCACCCUUGCAUCUGGUAACUGUUCUGUUCUCUCCCUAUCUUCACGCUUACCUCUCAAUCAAGACGUGAUUGUUUUCAUCGCUUUAUCUACUCUACGCCGUUAUAAUAAGGAUGAAAGGGAAAGGUGCGUUUAUGCUCGUUUUGGUCGGAUGGGCUUUGAUAGGUCUGAUGAUUCUGACAACAGCAGUUGAGGGGGCACCACAUCCGACUGACUAUAGCAGCGUCAACAACCAGCGUGACUUUAGAAGUCGACGUGGAUUCAAAACGGUCGGCCUGGCGACAGCAAGGGGAUUCGGCAAACGCGCACCGGCUCUAUCCUCAUUUACUUCCUUCCAAGACGUAUCCGAACAGAUGAUGCAGCAAGAUGAAAACCUCAACAGCAAUCCUGACGUUUUCCCUGUGGACUGGCUGGUCAACUAUCUGCAGAAGAAACCGGCGGUGAUCCGCUACCUGGUCGAGCAUUUGCUGGAUCAUAACGGCGAUGGUCAAGUGACGUCCCAGGAACUAAUAACAUCGCUACAGCAGAGAGAAGAUUAAAUUUGUUUUGAGUUGAUGACGACGAUGGCUGCAGCUUCUCCGAUUCUCUCACGUUCCACCGUAAGGCUGUAAUAUACAAUAAUUAAAAUGACUGUCUUCGGAAUAUAACAAAAAAUCUUUUAAAAAAUGAAUAAAAAAAACGCGGCGUACUCGAAGAAGGAGAGAACAAAUCGAACGCAAAAUUCUUUGUAACUUUUCACCUAUAAAUCUUGGCUUUAUAGGUUUAUCUUCUGUCGUCUUGACGAUAACCUUUAUAGGUAUACGUAUGUUUGCCACUUGUCAACAACUUCUAUAUCCUUCAGUUGGAAUAAUAAAUACUCGUAUUUCGCUCCUGUGGGCAUGUUUGUCUCAACGCCGUAUUUCCGUCUCAUCGUAUAUAUUCAACAAAGUACCUCUAUAUACGAAAUUGGGUAGAAUGGUAUCAGUUUAUGUUAACGGUUUACCAAUACACUUUUACGAGGCUUCUCAUGCUGCCGCUAUCGA